UUUUUCCGUUUUUUCGGAUACUCGCGUUUCCACUCUCCCCCUUCCAUUCUCCCGGUAACAAAUCUCCAGAUCAAUUGCUGCCGGCCACCGGUAGUAGAAUAUCAGCGGAGUAAAAACGAUGCUGAAAUUCUUGAAAGGCGUCGUCGCCGGAUCCGGGGCUGGCCUUAAGGAUCUUCCUUACAAUAUCGGCGAGCCUUAUUCCUCAGCCUGGGGCUCUUGGGUUCACUACCGCGGAACCUCCAAAGAUGAUGGGGCACCUGUUUCUAUAUUCGCACUCUCAGGUAGCAAUGCAAAUGAUGGACAUUUGGCAGCAGGUCGCAAUGGAGUCAAACGACUUCGCACAGUCAGACACCCCAAUAUUUUAUCAUUUAUUCACAGCACUGAAGCUGAAAUAUUUGAUGGUUCAACUACAAAGGUUACUAUAUAUAUUGUCACUGAGCCUGUUAUGCCACUCUCUGAAAAGCUAAAAGAAUUGGGAUUGGUUGCUACUCAAAGAGAUGAGUAUUGUGCAUGGGGUUUGCAUCGAAUAACCAAGGCAGUGAGCUUCUUGAAUAACGAUUGCAAGCUUGUUCAUGGCAAUGUUUGUGUUGAUAGUGUUGUUGUUACUCAAACUCUGGACUGGAAACUGCAUGCCUUUGAUGUUCUUUCCGAGUUUGAUGGAAAAAGUGAAGCUUCUCCUGGACCAAUGCUGCAAUACGAAUGGCUUAUUGGUGCACAAUAUAAACCAUUGGAGAUGCUAAAGUCUGAUUGGGAAACAAUAAGAAAAUCUCCACCUUGGGCUAUUGAUUCUUGGGGUUUAGGUUGCUUUAUUUAUGAACUUUUUUCGGGCACAAAGUUGAGCAAGACAGAGGAGUUGCGUAACAUAUCUUCCAUCCCUAAGUCUCUGCUUCCAGAUUAUCAGCGUCUCUUGAGUGCUACACCUGCUCGACGGUUAAACUCAUCUAAGCUUCUGGAAAAUAGUGAAUACUUUCAAAAUAAGUUGGUAGAUACCAUACAAUUCAUGGAAAUUCUUAAUUUGAAGGACAGUGUUGAAAAGGAUACUUUCUUCCGGAAGCUUCCCAAUUUGGCAGAUCAACUUCCUCGCCAGAUAGUGCUGAAAAAGCUGCUUCCGUUGCUUGCAUCUUCUCUAGAAUUUGGUUCAGCUGCUGCACCUGCUUUGACAGCAUUUUUGAAAAUGGGUUCUUGGCUUUCAACAGAAGAAUUUACUGUCAAGGUACUACCAACAAUUGUGAAACUUUUUGCUUCCAAUGACCGGGCAAUACGAGUUAGUCUUCUGCAGCAUGUUGAUCAAUUUGGGGAGUCAUUGUCUUCACAAAUUGUUGAUGAACAAGUUUAUCCUCAUGUUGCUACUGGAUUCUCUGACACAUCUGCUUUUCUUCGGGAGUUGACUCUUAAGUCUAUGCUAGUUUUGGCACCUAAGCUAUCCCAACGUACUAUAUCAGGAUCAUUAUUGAAGUAUCUUUCUAAGCUACAGGUGGAUGAAGAGCCUGCAAUCAGAACAAAUACAACUAUAUUACUUGGAAAUAUUGCCAGUCACCUCAACGAAGGGACAAGGAAAAGAGUUCUUAUAAAUGCAUUCACUGCACGUGCUCUGCGUGACACAUUUUCGCCAGCCCGAGGAGCAGGUGUUAUGGCUUUAUGUGCCACCAGUUCUUAUUACGACGUGACUGAGAUCGCUACACGAAUUUUGCCAAACAUUGUUGUUCUUACUAUUGAUCCUGACAGUGAUGUGAGGUCAAAAGCGUUUCAAGCAGUGGACCAAUUCUUGCAAUUAGUAAAACAACAGGAUAAGUCAAACACAGGAGAUACUAACGGAAUGAGCAUGCAAACUUCAUCUAUUCAUGGAAAUGCAAGUUUGCUUGGCUGGGCUAUGAGCUCAUUGACCUUCAAAGGCAAACCUUCUGAGCAUAGUGAGCAUAGUUUUGUUGCACCAGCAAGCUCUAGUGCACCAUUGACCUCUUCAAUUUCAAAUGCUAGCUCGGUUACAGAUGAUGCAAAUAUAGCUCCAAUCCAUGUCCGUUCUACUUCCAGCACCGAUAUUGCUGAUCAGCCAGCUCCAAACUCCCCUACAUCUACUGAUGGGUGGGGAGAGCUUGAAAAUGGAAUUCACGAUGAUGGAGAAAAUGAAAAAGAUGGAUGGGAUGAUAUGGAGCCACUUGAAGAGAAAAAGCCACCCGCAGCUCUUUCAAACAUCCAAGCCGCUCAGAAACGUCCAAUCUCUCUACCUAAAUCACAAGUUUCCAUCCCGAGGAUAUCAAAGAUCAACUCAGAAGAAGACGAUUUGUGGGGAUCUAUAUCUGCUCCAGUCCCAAAAACGUCUAAAGCAGCACGCUCAAGAGGAGGCGGCCAUGACAAAGAUCCCUGGGAUUCUGUGGACCCUGCGCCAAGAACGACUGCGAAAAAAGCCGAAAGCUCCGCUGAUGAUGAUCUCUGGGGUUCCAUCGCCGCUCCUUUACCAACGACCACAUCAAGACCGUCCGUUGGGCGGGGGCGUAGUAAACCCGCUGCUCCAAAACUUGGUGCUCAAAGAAUCAACAGAACAUCAUCGGGGGUGUGAAAUACAAGCUUAUAGAUUUUUCCUCUGAUUUUAGUAUGAUAUAUGUAAAAGUGUAAUACCAUUGGUUUUCUCAUUCAGCUAUACCAUUCUUUUUGUCACCUGUUGCAUAAUAUAUAAAUCAAUUCUUUAUAAAUCAUCAAAAUUCUUUCUCCUCUGAAGUAUGGUGCUCUCUUUGUAAUAUGGUCUGAUGAAUUCGCAGUAUUGGAAAGAAAACAUUGUGAAUAAUUGUUAUAUUGUUCUUAAUCAAGUAUGGAAGAUCUCAUUGGU